CCGAUGUUCUAGAGUUCAUUCCCGUGUGCGUCAAGCCUUCACAAGAGAGAUGCCGCAUGCUCCGUGGGAAGUGGAGUCGGUGGACAGCGACGCAGUGGCCAACGACGACGUGGCCAACGACGACGAGACGACCUCGCUCCUCGACCUCUUUGCUUUCAACAAGGAAGGCGAGCUGCUUCGGCGCCUGCGAACGCCUGGCGUGGUCACUGACAAGGACCUUGCGACACUCAAUGAGGAUGGCGACUCGGUGCUGUCGCUCGCUGCCACGUACGGCAACCUGCCACUCGUGCAAGCCAUUGCAGAGUUGGUGUCGUCCGAGACACUCCGAUUGGUUGCGUGGACGACGCUGCAGCGCGCUGUCAUCAACAACCAAGUCGAGGUGCUGACGUACCUCUGGGAUGUCAUUCCAAAUGCUGCUACGCUAACGUCGUCCACGACGGGCAAUUCGCUGCUGCACGAGGCCGCCGAAUGCAGCGGGAUCGAGACGCUUCUCUAUCUCAUUUCGCGCUUUCCGGAUCUCAAUCUUCGCAACGAGGCGGGCGAGACACCGUAUUUGGCCGCGAAGCGAAAGUGGGCGUUUCCGUGUGCCUGGCACCUCGAAAAAGCCGGUGCCAACGUCUACGCGCGCGCCAACAACGGCGACACGCUGUGUCAUUACAUCAUUCGGUAUGCCUUCGACGAAGACGCCUUGUACGAGAUCCUCGAAGGUUUCUUUGGGGAAGACCACACGGUUGACGUUGCCAAUGAGGCUGGCGAGCGGCCGAUCGACCUGACGACCAACCCUCGCAUCAAGGCGCUGUUGAGUGCCGAAGUCGACUUUCGCUCCGCGUUUCCCGUACACGUUCUUGUGCGCACCAACAACGUCGACCGCUUCGAUACAUGGCUUGCUGACAUGCGACGCGACCAUCCGCAUGACGCAGACGACGCCAUUACCGCAGCGCUCGCGCUUCCCGACUCGAUGGGUCGCACGCCCCUCAUGCACGCGGCGCGGAUGUUUGAAGACAAUCGAGACACGACCCAGGUGCUCCACCGCAUUCUCGAGUAUAUCUCUGCUGACGUCAUUACGGCCAAGGACCAUGAAGGACACACGGCGCUCGAUAUGCUCAUGCACGAAAUGGUGAUUUGCGCUGUCAACACUAUUGGCGCGAAUACCGCCUAUCGCAUGCGCGCAAUCUACGCUGUGGCCCGACAAGGACACCUCCCCCUCGACUGCACGCACCUCCCGCCCGAGUACCACCGAGAAGCCAACCUGAUGCUCACGGGCACUGCGCCGCGCACUUGCAUUGGCGACUGCAUGACGAAUGCGUCGUCGACAAGCGAGCUGGUUCGAGCCGCUGCCGGCCGCAAGUGGAAGGAGCUGAGCGGGCUUUUGGACAGACCGCGCGCCACCGACGUCCUCAACCAGACAGACGAUUGGAAGCGCGGGGGCUACACGGCCCUCCAUCACGUGUGCCGGUGUGGACAUGUGGCUUCGCUACAGCUACUUUUGGAGCAGCCAGACCUCGACCUCAACAUUGAAUCGUUUGAUGGAAAAACAGCGUUGGAGCUCGCGGUGAACGCAAAUUUUCCCGAGAUCGUCCGACGUUUGCUUGACGCCAGCGCGGACCCGAAAGCCGACGACGAUUUGGACGAGUCGAAACUGGCGGCGCUGUGCGCCUCGGCGACCGAGAGUCAGCGCCUUGUCUACGAGUACUGGGCACUCUCACUCUUUGAUCGGGGCUUUUACCUCGCCAACGUCGGCAAUGUAGCGACAGCCCGCGAAAUGAUGGCGCAAAAGCAGACGCCGAUGCAUGCGGCCAUGCACGUCGCCUUUGCCAAAGCGGCACUGGACGAGAUUGCAAUGAACGUUGACUUGGACCAGCAAGACAUUAACGGCGAAACGGCUCUCAUGGUUGCGGCGAAAUCGGGUAAUAUUUUCAACGUCGAUUACCUCAUCGCCAAAGACGUCAACCUCGACUUGGAAGACAACGAGGACCGCUCGGCCCUCCUGCUCGCCGCGAUGAAAGGCGAUGCACUGAUUGUGGAGAUCCUACUCCAGCACGGGGCCGAAAUCUACGAUGACGAUGACGAUCGGAGUACGCUUGCGCGUUUCGCGCAGCUGACCAUUGUUGAGAGCGAUGAACUUCCCCCCCCCGAGUUUUUAUGGCCGGUGCGGGAGCUUCUGGAGAACGAGAUCAAACUCCGGCGCGACUCGCCAGCGUUCCAGCAAAAGCGCGCGUUCUCGAUGGUGACCAUGUCGAUCGACGACGUCUUUUACAAGGGUGGCUUUGCCAAAGCCAUCGCGCUGAGUCCAAAACUCGGCCUCAAGUUUCUCAACGACUGCGUGACGCUGCAUCGUCACGAAGCCGAGUUCCUACAUCUCGAGGCAGUCUACGGCCAAACGACCAAGAAGAGUGCGCUCCAGGCCGUCCUGGACCUCGACUUGAAGGACGUCGACAAGACGUUUGCGACCCAGAAGGCUCUGUUGGAACACAUUGUCUUUCGGCGGCUCCUCGACGUUAAGUGGAAGCUGUUUGGCCAGCGUCUCUACUUUCAGCAGCUGCUCACAAACGUCCUCCUCCUCUUCACGAUGGCGACGUCGUCAUUCUAUAGCAGUGACGUAGCGCCGUCGAUGGCUGCAAGCGUCUUUGGUCUCUCGACAUGCGUCCUUAUCGGGUUCGCCUACUUGACGCUCAAGCGACUCGCACCGAGGACGCUCUAUGGCGACGCACGCUAUUUGCGCUACGGACGUCGCCAUUUCCAAUAUGCAAUGAGCAUGACCUUCUGGGAGCACCGGGUCUCGGUCUUGACACGCCGACUCGCUGGCGUAUUCUCGGCGCUUUGCGUUGUCGCCUUGGCGAUUGCGGCGCCGCAUCUGCACCUCGCGGUGUGGUAUCCGACAUUCAACACGGCUGUGCUCUUGUUCACAGCGCUCUACUUUGUGCUGACGGAGCGCCAAGAGAUGAAAGCAGGCUACCGUAUCCACUUUCAAUCGCACACGAACAAAGCGCAGUUGCUCGUGUACCUUACGAUCAUCACAGUUUUUGUGCCCAUCAAACUCAAUUGGUUUCCGAUUUCGCCUGAGAUUGAGUUUGGUCUCUCGGGCUUCCUCACGCUCGCGCUCUGGGUCCUCUCGCUUCAGUUUCUGGAGACCGAGGCGGCCAACCGUGCAGCGUGGUCGACGCUGGUCGACGAGCUGGAUGCGACGAUCGACAAGGAGCUCGACUUCCUUCGCGACGCGCUGCAGCACGUCCAGCACUUUACGUCGUUGACGGUGUCGACCAUCUUUGCCGACGACCUCAAGCACAUUGGAAAGUCCCGCAGCCAGCUCAAUGUGAUCGUCGACGAUGCACGCAAGAGCAAUGGCGAGUUCCGCGACAAGGUGUUGGCAGCACUGCAGUCGCACCUCAAGAAGAAGCUUGGGCAGCUCAAGGACAAGCUGCUGCGGCUCUGGGCGCCCAAGUUUGACGCCAAGGACAUGAGCGCGCGCGCCGAGUGCAUGCUUCUCUUCCAGAUGGCGCAGCGCUCGACGAUGGACGCGCAGCUGCAGAAGGUGAGCGAAACUGUCUUGGACGUGGUUCUGGCCAGGGACCUCGAGCACAUUGAGACAGCGCGCGCCCUCCUCAAGGUGAUCAUAGAAACGGCGCGGUUGAGCUGCGGUGUCUACCGAGAUAUGGCGCUCGCGGCGCUUCAGAAGCAAGUCAAGAGGACACUCACCAAGCUCAAGGAAAAGCUUUUGACGCUCUGGAAGCUCCGGCUCGACGCUGCCGAGAUGGACGCACGCGCCGAGUGUGUUCUUCUCUACAACAUGUCGCAGCGCUCAACCAUCAAAGACGAGCUCCAAAAGGUCAUCGACGCCAUCGAGAAUGCCGUGCAAAACGUCAUCACGCCGCCAACCGAGUGCAACGACGACGGCGACACGAAGCCCGACGACAAGCUGGUCGCGCUCGAGGCCAAGGUGGAGGCGCAGUCCAAGCAGCUCGAAGCGGUCGCCGCCAAGCUCGACGCGAUCCUCGCACUUGUGAGCGGUGUCAACAACAAUGGUACACGCUACGACGUCCAAGAAGUCUAA